UUGCGAUGCGCGAGGGCGGCCCGGCAAAAAUGAGACCCCGGCCAGGGCCCCUCCGCAGGCGGGCCCAGCAAAGAGUUGUUUGGAUCGUUCUUUUUGUCCUCUCCCCUCUCUACUCCACAUCCCUGUCACAAUGAUCGGCUGGCGCGCUGCUGGUUUCAACUACGCUCAGUACUCUCAGCUCUGCGCUCGCGCGCUGCGCUCCGUUCUCAAGGAGAGCCACGCUGCCAACGUCGCUCGCCGCGAGGCCACCACCCUCCGUGUCUCUACCUGGGAGAACGGCGUCGCCAGCCCCCCCAAGUACGUCGUUAAGCCCGCCGCCAAGUAAGUGAUGUGCUCCCUUCACCCUUGUGGCCUGCCUCCCCCUGCCGCGCCCCUCCCGCAAUAGAGAGUCUGUGCACGUGUGGGGGGUGGCUGCACACCUGCACCCACAUACACACACACACACACACA